UCACGCUAACAAAGUUAAUAAAAGGCAGUGUCUCUAGCACAUUCCAGGGCAGUUCUUACCGAGACUCCUAACUGUCGGUCGGUGAGAAUCCAGACGUCUUGGAACCGCUCUAUCUGUGUGGAUUUCAACGUUUCUAUUAAGCAGUCAUGCGUGAGUGUAUCUCCAUACAUGUUGGUCAGGCCGGUGUACAGAUUGGUAACGCCUGCUGGGAGUUGUACUGCCUGGAACAUGGCAUCCAGCCUGAUGGACAGAUGCCCAGUGACAAGACCAUUGGAGGAGGCGAUGAUUCCUUCAACACUUUCUUCAGCGAGACCGGAGCCGGCAAACAUGUCCCUAGGGCUGUGUUUGUGGACCUGGAGCCUACAGUUAUUGAUGAGGUACGCACUGGCACAUACCGUCAGCUUUUCCAUCCCGAGCAACUGAUCACUGGGAAAGAAGAUGCUGCCAACAACUAUGCCCGUGGUCACUACACUAUUGGCAAGGAAAUCAUUGAUCUGGUGCUUGACAGAAUCCGCAAACUGGCUGAUCAGUGCACAGGUCUUCAGGGUUUCCUGGUCUUCCACAGCUUUGGUGGUGGCACUGGUUCUGGCUUCACCUCUCUGCUGAUGGAACGUCUCUCUGUUGAUUAUGGAAAGAAGUCCAAACUGGAGUUCGCCAUCUACCCAGCUCCCCAAGUGUCCACUGCUGUUGUUGAACCCUACAACUCCAUCCUUACCACUCACACCACACUUGAGCACUCUGACUGUGCUUUCAUGGUAGACAAUGAGGCCAUCUAUGACAUCUGCCGUAGAAAUCUAGACAUUGAGCGCCCAAGUUACACUAAUCUUAAUCGCCUUAUUAGUCAGAUAGUGUCCUCCAUCACAGCUUCUCUUAGAUUUGAUGGAGCCUUGAAUGUAGAUCUGACAGAGUUCCAGACUAACUUGGUGCCCUAUCCUCGUAUCCACUUCCCUCUUGCCACCUAUGCCCCAGUUAUUUCUGCAGAGAAAGCUUACCAUGAGCAGUUGACAGUAGCAGACAUAACCAAUGCUUGCUUUGAGCCAGCCAACCAGAUGGUGAAAUGUGACCCACGUCACGGUAAAUACAUGGCUUGCUGCCUGUUGUACCGUGGUGAUGUGGUGCCCAAAGAUGUUAAUGCAGCUAUUGCCACCAUCAAGACCAAGCGUAGCAUCCAGUUUGUGGACUGGUGUCCAACUGGUUUUAAGGUUGGUAUUAACUAUCAGCCACCAACUGUGGUUCCUGGUGGGGAUCUGGCCAAGGUACAGCGUGCUGUGUGUAUGCUGAGCAACACCACUGCUAUUGCAGAGGCCUGGGCUAGGCUGGACCAUAAGUUUGACCUUAUGUAUGCCAAGCGUGCCUUUGUGCAUUGGUAUGUAGGUGAGGGUAUGGAGGAGGGAGAGUUCUCUGAGGCCCGCGAGGACAUGGCUGCCCUGGAGAAGGAUUAUGAGGAAGUUGGGGCAGAUAGUGCUGAAGCAGAGGAUGAAGGCGAAGAGUAUUAAACCUUUUAAAACAUUUUAAUUAUGCUUUUUUCUUCCCCUGAAGUUAAAGUUCACCAUCUUGUAUGUUUUUUUAAAUAAAGUUCCAUUUUAAAUAUG